GUCGCUGUGUCGAGCUCAAACGUUCAUAAUUCCUCUCCGACGUGUCCCAUAACAAUAAAAAAUAAAUAAAUAAAAAAACUUGAGAAAACGCUUUUUUUAAAAAAGAUGACAUACCGCUGUUGAAAUAAUACCGAAGUUUGACAAAAUUUCAUUCAGUUUUGAUUCAUCGGCAGCUCCCGCGAGAGCUGCUCUCUCAGCGGUUUAUCAAAAACGUGACGGAAUUAUGCGCGACUGAGGAAAAAAACACCGUUGGACAGAGGCCUGCCUGACGAAACAUGGAAAAGAACAAAGAAGAAGAAGAAGAAGAAAAGAAGAAGGAGAAGAAGAAGAAGAAAGUUCGACAUCUCGUUAAGUUGGAACCCAAUUACCGAGGUGUCGUCGUCAAUGCGUAAGAAACGUGAGCAACAUCUAUGGGCCGUAAACGGUGGUGGAAGGCGAGCCUGGAGCUAUCGUUGCUCUGCCUCCUACCGCAACUCGUUCUCGGAGACGGUGAGAUCGGCUGUCUCUUUAGCCAAAAUGUAUGUAGAACGGAACUGGAAACUUGUUACGAUGAUUUCGCGUUUGGAAGAUGCAUACGUGCCUUCGGCGAGCUCCAAGACGAAGAUAUAUAUCGAUACGAUCUCGAUUCCACUGAACUCGACCUACUGCGAAGACAACUCGAGAGACUGGUCGUCGGGGGCUACGCGUGGACACAUCCCUACACUCAAUGCGUCAUGCAAACCUCCCUGUACAGUCUACGUUUCAGGAUCAAACACGAGACUGAUGUUUGUCAAAAAUUGAUCAACGUCGAGGAGCGUAACUUCGAUACUUAUGGCGCAAAAGAUGAAACCGACGAUGGAUCGCAGCCUCUUGCAGUGGUAAAUUUCACCCCAAUCCGUGGCCACGGAUACGGUGAUUUUGCUAACGAAAAAUACUAUCCUCCCGUAUCGUCGAGGAAGCCGACAUACGAAAAAAAUGAUUUCUCAAAUGAGUAUAGUUACGGAACUUCACCGUUUCGCGGGGAAAACUCAGAGAACCGUAAUCGUUUGGCAAACGUAAGAAACGUGAAAACGGAUGUUAACGAUGAGAAUGAAUUUGUAAUGGAGUCGCCGAGGGAAAUGAAUUUGGAUGAUGAAUCGAACGAGGGAGGAUCAAGAAAUUUUCGAGAAUUGACGCAACGCUUGAACAUAAAGCAUGAUGAAAAACCGAUCUACCGAUUGAGGAGACAGCCACACUCGGAUUUUUCGAGAAAUUUAAAAUCUGCCAUGAACGAUGACGAAUAUGAAACGAGUCGAGACGAUGAAGAAAAAUUUGAGAAAAUCGUGAGAAGUCAACGGUAUAAAAAUCUCAUGGAUAAAAAUCUUUGGAAUUUUAUGCUCAUCAAUGAGACUUUGCCAAAACGGAAUGACGAGGAUUCGUCGAAAUUGGAAUUUUUGCGUGAUUACAACGAUAACGAAGGGGAAAAUGAAGUGCAACAUUGGCUCAGAGAGGAAAACGGGGAUGGACGCGAUGCAAAUCAGCAAGAUGAAGAAAUUGAACAGGAUGAUAAUCAAGAAGCUAUUUCCAGGCUCGAAGCGUCCCUAGAACGAUUGAACAAUCGAAGAAAAAGUGGCGCAUACUCGGAGAACAGAUUCGUAAAUCCUAUCGAUCUCGAUCAGGUGAUGAGGGAAGAAGCAGCUGACGCCGAUUUUGAGGAUGAUUUGAAUAAAUUAUUGUGGAAUAGCAAUUUGGCGGCUUUUCAACGUCCGGAACGCGUGGAUGUUAAAAAACCGGGCCCACUUUAUUCCACGAAUAAUUAUGCAUUCAAAACACAAUCACCGUCUGCCCCAAUCCCGAACGACAACGACCUCGAUAUUGAGAUCGAUACAAAAGACGAUUUGAAAAUAUUGCGAUCGCCCCAAAUGAAGAAAAACACCGUUGUUUACAACGGAAAACAAUAUGAAAACGUCGAUAUCGAUCAUUUGUACCUGCAGUUCAAUAGUGAGUUUACGAAAUGGUCGGAUGGCGAAGAAGUAGUUGAAACGGUUGCCAAACUUUUGGGAUUGAACCCCGACACGUUCAGUAAUGUCCGCGUUGGUCGGGCCGAGGUUACGUUCAAAGUGACCAACGAUCCAUACACCGGGCACAACGACGCUUUAGCAAUUGCGCCAAAAAUCGAACAAAUACACGCGGAGUUGAAAAAAAUCACAGGAAAGCAAGUCGUCCGUGCCGGUAUAGGGGACAAGGUGAAAUUACCACCAGCCUUUGAUAUCGAGGGUAUCACUGCAAAACCCAUGAGUCCUGGGCUUUUCGGUGUAACGGUUGCAGCCGCAGGUGCAGCCGCAGCUGCAGCUGCUGUCGUAACUCUCAUCAUAGCUCGGAAGCACGCCAAGUCUCGAGCCAAAUUGGCGGGUUUGGCAACACCGGAUCCGGAAGCUUCCAAAGAUUAUCAAGAUUUGUGCAGAGCUAGAAUGCAGGCGAAACAACCGAGUGACAAGCCCGAAUCGCCGAGAAUCGUUAGUCUUUCUCGUGAAAGUGAAUCUGCUCGCUCGAGCACUUCCUCCUGGGGCGAAGAAGCUGCUGCAUUGACCAACAUGGACAUUUCUACCGGUCACAUGGUUCUGACGUACAUGGAGGACCGCUUGAAAAAUAAAGACCGUUUAGAUCAGGAAUGGGCAGGAAUUUGCGCAUACGAAGCGGACCCAUCAUCGGUCGCAACUGCUAUGGAAAAGUCGAACGCUGAUCGCAAUCGUCCCGGCUCAUCUUUGCCCUAUGAUCACUCGAGGGUCGUACUCAACGAUCUUUCCAGCGCCAACAAUUCGGACUACAUAAACGCCUCGACGAUCACACCGACCGAUCAUGACCCUAGAAAUCCAGCUUACAUCGCCACCCAAGGACCUUUGCCGCAAACAUCAGCAGAUUUUUGGCAACUCGUCUGGGAACAAGGAAGCGUUGUUAUCGUUAUGCUGACACGCCUCACUGAAGAAGGACGCGGCAUGUGCCAUCGUUAUUGGCCCGAAGAAGGUUCCGAGCUCUAUCACAUCUACGAGGUUCAUCUCGUUUCCGAGCAUAUUUGGUGCGACGAUUAUUUGGUUCGAUCGUUCUAUCUGAAAAAUUUGAGAACCGGCGAAACCCGUACCGUUACUCAGUUCCAUUUUCUCUCGUGGCCUGAAAACGGCGUACCACAAUCGACCAAGGCGCUACUCGAAUUUCGACGCAAAGUCAACAAAUCUUAUCGCGGAAGGUCUUGUCCCAUUGUCGUCCACUGUAGUGACGGUGCCGGGCGUACGGGAACGUAUUGCCUGAUCGACAUGGUGCUCAACCGUAUGGCAAAAGGUGCGAAGGAGAUUGACAUAGCAGCGGCAUUGGAGCAUAUCAGAGACCAGAGACCAGGGAUGGUGGCAACGAAACAGCAGUUUGAGUUUGUGCUUGUAGCAGUAGCGGAGGAGGUGCAUGCUAUACUGAAGGCAUUGCCGGUACAAGCGCUCGCGGACAAGCCUCAAACGAACGUGAUCGUUACAUCAGCAAGCACGACGCAGUCCUCCGCUUCUUCGGGAUCUGAACAAUGAUCCUUGAAGCAACAUGAGGGGCCUGAUUAAUUAGAAAUGAUCUGGUUAGAAAAUUUGAUUAAGAGGCAGCAACGGAAGCGAAGGGCGAGCAACGACGGGAAAUAGAUAAACAAAGAGACGAAAAUGGAAAAAUAACGAAUAAAUCAGAUAUGGCAAAAGCCGAAAAUUUUAUCCGAGCUUCGAUUGGUAAUAUUUUAGUUUUCCUGUUGAAAAACGCGAAUAUAAAUGUUUGUUCCUCGUCUGAGAUUCAGAAAUGUAUCAUCAAAAUUUUUCUCAUUAUUCGAAAAUUCAUUUUUUUUCUUCCGUACUUCAUUUAUUUCAUUACGAUCGCACACACACGCGUCAGGCCGCCACAUACCGUUUCCUUAAACGGCCUACUACUACAGAGUCCUGAAAACCGUUCGACUUGAAUUUCCUACAGUUCAUUUAUUAUCAUUUCAUUUUUCAAACCACCGCACUGACUCCUCCAUUUCUUAAUCAUUUUUGCGACGCACCUCCGUCGUUUUGUGUAAGCUUCAAAACAUGUGCGCAAAAUCUUCCACGCAUCGGAUCGAUCGAGUUAAAAGAGAAAGAAAAAAAAACUCCUUCUUUACUGCGAAACAACAAGAGUGACAGUUCGAUUUUUUUAUAACGACUCGUCCCCUUCCUCUCGAAUGAUUGAAACGAGAGUGAUGUUGCAAAGGUGGCGAAUAAUGAUUAAAUUAUAUAUAUAUAUAUAUACCUACUUAUUGUAGCUGUUUCGACGUGAUCAAAAACCAUAACAUAACACGAGCAUGGAUAAAAAAGGAAAAACAUUGAUAACUGCGUGGUGUAUCGUGCGCUCUAUAUUUUUUGAAAAGUCAGCUGAGAAUGUUUCUUUUCGCUGUUGAAAUGUAUAAGUAUAUUCAUAUAUAUAUAUUUAUAUCAAUUAUAUUUACAUAUAUAUGAAUACAUGGUUGAAUUGCACAUGAAAGUAUACCAAGUCGAAAGAAGCUAAAUGAAAAAUAUUUUAUUAUAUUAUCCGAUAUCGAAGUGUGAUUGGGGCGGAAUAGAGAGCAGAGCGAGGACUCGGGCUCGGUAGCCACAAACUACGGUUGAAAAAAAAAAAAAAAAAACUUUCAAUACCUUUAUACAAAAUUCGAUAACUUGGAAUAAAAGAAUAGAAAUUAUUUUCAAAUAGGAGGGAACGAUUUUCAUUGGAAUUUUUGGCAAUAAACGAAAAUUGGAAACUCGUUGCAAGAUUGUGGCUACGAAGUUUUGCUUUGUUCGAAACACAAGUGAUUCAUUAGAAACGAGAGGGAACGGAGUUUCAAAGCACGCAGGUUCGAUCGUGCGCUUUCCAAUGUCGACGAAAACAUCGAUUGAAAAAUUCGUAACAAUGAUUUAUGAAGAAAUUGCUUGCGACCCCAGUCUCCGCGGCGAGCAUGAUUUUUACAAACAUCGUCGAGAGUGAAAACAUUUACAAAAAAAAACUAUGUAUAAGAAAACACACUAUUUAUAUCGUUGCGUCCAAAAAAAAUGUCAAUGAGAUCAUCACGUGUCUUUGUAGCUCAUUCAUUCCGCCAAAUAAUUAAAAAAUCUAUACAUAUAUAGCUAAAUAUACAAACAUCUGUCGAAGGAAGAAUAGUUAAUACGAACUUUUACAUUCAACAUUCGACAUUCGUCUUUUCCGUCGACAUUGCGAUAGGCUCACGAAACGUGUUGGAACUCGAGAAAAAUUUUCAUUUUCUCUUGCAUCUCGAAAAAAAAAAAAAAGAAAUAUUAUUAUGGAGUCAAUGUCGCAAAAACGAACAAACGAAUCCGUUAUUCAACCGAUUACUGAUCCAAGAGAAACUAUGAAAGAUUUGUAAUGAAGGAAAAGAUGAAGAAAAGAGCGAAAGAGAAAACCCCAAUUACUAUAUAUGUAGCAUGAAUGUAUAUUAUUGCUCCGAGGAAAUAUUAUUAUUGCCAAAUAAGUUUAUCAUUUGCUCUGUGUACUCUCUCAGGCAUCGAUUCUCUUCAACAUUAACUAUAGAUUCUAUAUUUUUGUGUAAAACGAGAAGGCAAUGUACCUACGAAAAUAAGUAUAUCAUAUACAUAUAUAUAUAUAAAUAUGCGUGUGUGUGCACGUGUAUAAGCAUACCUAUAUACAUAUAAACAUAUAUAUGUGUGUAUAUGUCUAUACGACGUCAAUGGAGAAUAUAUAUAUAUAUAUAUAUAUACACUAAUACAUGUUGUAGCGAAAUAUAAAUCAAUCUAUGUUCAAAAAUGCAA